AACUUCGUUCCUAGUUAGUGUUUAAUAAAUGAUGAAUCGUGAUAAACAUUCUAAGCUAUUAUUUGUUCCCUCACCUCUCCUAACUUAAGUCUACUAUAUUUCAGAGAUAUGUCUGACGAAUUAUUUGAAAUGAAUCAAGGUGCUAAGAAGAAUUUUAUAAUGAAGUGCACAGGAGGACUUCUAAAGGAUCAGUGUGAACCUGAGACUGGAGGAGAUUGGGGUGAGGAUGAAGGAAACCAGUUAAUUGCUGAUCUUAUUGAACCUGAAAUCCAGGAAGCGUCAGAUGAUUCGAGUGUUGAACUUCUUUUUCAAUCUCCAGGAAAAACAGAUAUAUCAACCCUGAAGAAAUGUCCCAAGUUCUCAAAAUACAGGGAUGAGGAACUUAACUUAAUUCUACGCGUUGACCGCCUUCUGAAAAAAAUGGGUCGAUCCGCAGCGCUCAGCUUGGACGUGGAGGUGAAAUCAAUCAGAUCUUCGAAGCAUGUUCAGUUGAAACAAGGGAGGAUUGUUGGGAAUGGGUUUGGAGAUACACGUCUGAAAGCAUUUAGGGGUGCUACGGAAAUGUUUGAGAGGGAGUUUUUGAAAAAGUUUUUUCCAGAGGAACCUGUUCAUGAUCCGAAGUUCAAGGAUAAAGUUGAAACCUUAAAACUGUUCUGUAGGAUCAAGUGUCUAGAUCAACCUGUUUAUAAGAAUAUAGGAGUGGGUGGAAAAUAUACUUCCUGUGUGCGGGUUGGAGACCUUGAGUAUACGGUAUCAGGGUACAGUUACAAAGUGGAUGCUGAGGGAGCAGCAAGUAAAGGCUGGUUAGAUAUUCACGGAGAUAACUGGAGUGAGGUUGUAGAAAGUAAGACGAAGACGUCAAGUAGUGUGUUCUCAGAUGAGGAAAUUACAGAAGCAGAAAGGAAUCCAAAUCAAAGUAAAAUGGUCGACAUUUGUGGCGCCAUGACAUCUGAUCCAGCAACAAGAGAUCUACACUUCGUUGUCAUUUGAUCAAAUGGCUUAAUGCCUUCUGGAUCAAAUGUCACACUAGACCAAUUUCAGACGUUACCCUGAAUCAAUUGACUCAUUUCCUUAUGGAUCAAGUGUCGUGAUCCAGUAAUGACUGGAUCACUUGUCGCCGGGAUCAAAUGUCGUGGUCCCGUAUUUUAGUCGGAUCUAUUUUAAAGACUAGUAAUCUAAAUCUACAUAUUUAUAGUUCCUUCUCAACACAAAUUGGUUUCGGCAGGGAAAAAAA